AUGGACCCCAUAGGCUGUACCUGGUUACUGCUGCUGCUGUUUCCACAGGGACAGAGCCACCAACCUUUACAGCGAUUCAAGAGAAGAUGGGUUCUCACCACCCUGGAAAUGCAGGAGGAAGACCCAGGGCCCUUUCCUAAACUUGUAGGGGAGCUCUUCAAUAAUAUGUCAAAGAAUGUAUCGCUGAUGUAUUUAAUCAGAGGACCCGGUGUGGAUGAAUUUCCAGAGAUUGGUUUAUUCUCUAUAGAAGAUCACCAGAGUGGAAAAAUAUAUGUUCACCGCCCUGUCGAUCGAGAAGUGACACCGUCUUUUAUGGUUUACUUUGAUGCCGUAGACCGAUCCACGGGGAAAGUUGUGGAUGAAUCUCUGAUUUUCAACAUUAGGAUCAGAGAUGUGAAUGAUCAUGCACCCCAAUUUCCUGAGAAGGAAUUUAACAUCAGUGUGAAAGAGAGCCAAGCUGCAGGUCAACCUAUUCUUCAGUUGUUAACGGUCGAUUUGGAUCAGGAAAACACCCCGAAUUCUCAAGUCCUUUAUUUCCUUGUCUCUCAAACGCCAUUGCUCAGAGAAAGCGGCUUUCGGAUUGAUCUAGUCAGCGGGGAAGUUCGACUAUCCGGAUGCUUACAUUAUGAGACGGCUCCUAGGUUCACACUGAUCAUCAGAGCAAGUGAUUGUGGAGAGCCGUCCCUGUCAUCCACAGCCACCAUUCAUGUCAGUGUAGAAGAUGGCAACAACCACAUGCCCACAUUUAUGGAAGACCAUUAUGAGAUUCAGAUUUCUGAAGGUCAAGUGGAACAGGACGUGUUGUAUCUCCCUGUUCGAGAUGGAGAUUCUCCAUUUACACCAGCGUGGAGAACACAAUUCAACAUACGGGAUGGCAACGAGGAGGGGCAUUUUGACAUCGUGACUGACCCUGAGACUAACCAAGGGUUAUUAAGUAUUAUCAAGCCUUUGGAUUAUGAAACUCAAGUAACCCACAGCCUCAUCAUUGUUGUGGAGAAUCAGGAGCAGCUCUUCGCUUGUAAGGAGGGCCAGCUGCAGCCGUUGAGGAAGGCGAUGGCCAGCGCCACGGUGAGCGUGCAGGUGCUGGACACCAAUGACCCACCAGCCUUACACCCUAGGAGCUUCGUCGUCAGUGAGGAGGACGGGGCCUGGCCCGCCAUCCAGCUGGGAUAUUUCAAUGCUACAGACCCAGACAGGGCUGACAACCAGAUAAGAUACAAACUGGUUCAUGAUCCAGCAAAUUGGGUGACUGUGGAUGAGAAAUCAGGAGUGGUCACCACCAAGAGGCAAAUAGACCGGGAGUCCCCUCAUGUGAAUGACAGCUUCUAUACAAUCGUCGUCCAUGCAGUUGACAAUGGCCUCCCCCCUCUGACUGGCACAGGGACUCUGAUGCUUUUCCUGUCUGAUGUCAACGACAAUGCCCCAACUCUCCAGCCCCAUUCCCGACACUUGGAGGUUUGUGAGUCGUCUGAGAGCAGACCCCUGCUGUUAGAAGCUGAGGAUGCAGACCUGGACCCCUAUGCUGGCCCCUUUACUUUUGAUUUGGACACUGCCCAGGGAGAUGUGAAAGAGAUUUGGAUGCUGAGGACAAAGCAGGGGGAAGGCCUCUCUGCUGAACUUAUAAUGCUAAGAAGCCUCCCGCCCGGGGAUUACUUGGUGCCACUCUUCAUAGGAGACAGACAGGGCCUUGCCCAGAAGCAGACAGUCCACGUGAAGAUUUGCUCCUGCCCCGGUGGAUCUGAAUGUGAGAAGCAUUCAGACACAGGGCUCCUGUGGUGGGCCCUGUCCCCAGUCUGUGCAGCACUUAUGGCUCUGUCAGUUGCUUUCCUUUGCCUGCUGCGGUGCCCCUGCGUGUUUGGACCCAAGAGGCUUAGACGCUUCAUCCCAAGUGACAGUGGCCACCAGACACUGACUGUGUAUAAUGAGGAAAGCAAAGCCCUUCCAGCCCAGGGUUGUGGCAUGUUCUUUGAACCAAGAAGAGUGAAAAACUUCUCCUCUACCCCGGUCUAUCUGGAUCACAUGGUGCCCAGACGGCCCCUGCAGCUGAUGGGAGGAAGGGUGAUGGAGAUGUGGAGCAAGAAGCUCCAGGGUGUUGAUGUUCUGGAAGGUGACAGUGGCUACCUGCCUCAUGUUUACAGAGAGGAGGGAGAGUGUGAAGGAGCUGAGACCCUCAGCUCUCUGACCUUCUUGGAGCAGGACCUCUCCCCCGAGUUGCUGGGCUGCUCAGGCUCAAAAUCUAUUCCAUCUGAAGCAAUGUGUUUCACAUCAAGAGUUCCUUCAUAA